AUGGUGCAACAAAUUGGAAAGAAGAAAUUUCUUGAAUGUUGGGAAUUAAAAUAUGAAAAUUUCUUUCCAGUGGAAUUUAUGAAUGAUAAGGAAUUUAUUUUGAAUCAUAUUGAAAGAUAUGGUUAUGGAUUACAAUAUGCUUCGAAACAAUUACAGAAUAAUAGAGAGUUUGUAUUGAAAGUAAUGGAAAGAAAUGGAUUUGAACUGCAAUUCGCAAGUGACACUUUUCGUAAUGAUAAAGAAGUGGUAUGGACAGCUGUCAAAUGCCACCCACUGGCUUGGAGAUAUGCAUCAUCUAAAAUGAGAAAUGACAAGGAAUUGGCAUUGGAGGUCGUUCGACAAGAUGGAUGGGCUUUAUCGUACGCAGGAACAGAGCUCCUGAAUGACAAGCAAGUGGUAUUGACUGCAGUGACUCAAAAUGGUGAAGUGUUGGAGUGUGUGAAUGAAGAUUUGAAACGUGACAAAGAAUUUCUGUUGGAAGCAGUUCAACGUAAUAAGCAAGCACUUCGAUGGAUACCGUGUCACUUAUUUUCAGAAAAUGCAUUCAUGUUGAAAGUUCUAAAAUUAGCAAUUCCAGAAUUCGAAACUUUGGAUUCUUUUAAUUAUUCAACGAAAGAAAUAAUGAUGAAAAUUGUUCAAGAAUUUGGAUUUUUACUUGAGUUUGCCAGUGAUGAUCUAGAAGAUUCAAGAAUGAUCGAGAUGUUGUGUUAA